AUGUCUGACGCUGGAGAUGACAUUCAAGUCGACGCCCCCGCCGAGGUCGAGGUUGCCGCCGAGGCACCGAAGGGAAAAUUGUCUGUUGAGGACGCGCUCAAACAAGUCCUGAAGAACGCCCUUGUUCACGACGGCCUUGCUCGUGGUCUCCGUGAGGCUGCAAAGGCCCUGGACAAGCGACAGGCCCAUCUUUGCGUCCUCGUCGAAACCUGCACGGAGGCAGAGUACAUUAAGCUCAUCGAGGCCCUCUGUGCCGAGCACAAGAUCAACCUCAUCAAGGUCGGUGACGCCAAGCUCCUUGGACAAUGGGCUGGUCUCUGCAAGAUCGACCGGGAGGGCAACCCUCGCAAAGUCGUUGGCUGCAGCUGCGUUGUCGUCAAGGACUACGGAGUUGAGAGCGAGGGUCUCAAUGUUCUGCUGGACUACUUCAAGAACCGUUAA